AUGGCGACAGCAGCAGUAUUCGGCUGUACAGGAGCAGUUGGCUCCCAGAUUCUAGCCACACUCCUCGCGACAGACGCAUUUUCAACAGUGAAGACUAUCUCCAGAAGACUCCCAAAUGCACAGUCAGCUAAGCUGCAAGCACUGGAGGAAAGCGACACCUCAAAAUGGGGGGACAUGAUCUCGUCUCUGUCUCCCAAGCCAUCAAUGGUUUUCAAUGCGGUCGGUACUACAACAGCGACAGCGGGGAGCAUCAAGAAUCAGUGGAAGAUCGAUCAUGAUUUAUGUGUUGAGAAUGCGCGAGCUGCUAAGAAGGCCGGGGUGAAAACGUAUGUUUAUAUUUCUAGUGGAGGAACUAGGAGCUUGCUCUGGGGGUGGGUUCCGUAUUCAAAGAUGAAGGUUGGGGUUGAGGAUGCUAUUAAGGAGCUUGGGUUUGAUAAUGCUGUUAUUUUGAGACCGGGGAUGAUUAUUGGGAGGGAGGAAUCUAAGGCUUUUCUUUUGGAGAAGUUUGUGGAAGGGCUUCAGAGGUUGGGACAGGGUGUUCAGGAUAAAGUUGGUCAAAAUCAAACAACUAUUGGUAGAGCAGCUGUAGCAGCUGCUCGUAUGGCCGAAGAGGGCAAAGCUCCUUCGAACUAUUGGGUUCUGGAACAAGCUGAUAUUGUUAGGCUUGGUAGAGAUGAGUGGAAGGAGUAG